ACCAGUAAGUGGCGGUAAUGCUACUAAAACUUUGUUGCCAACCGUCAGUAGCUCCAACAACAAGAAAAAGCAGCUGCAACUGUAGUUGCACCGUGGAUGUCACUAUCAUCAAAUAUAAGUUUUAAAGAAAACAAAUUAUUGUGAAUUCCAAAAUGAGCAGUUUUAACAAACUAAACACACAAAGACUGCCACCAUUUACGACAGCGCAGAUGAGAAUGUCCAAACAAGACCUGGAAAGAGAUUCAGGCUUCUCAGAUGCCAGCUCAGAGUACCUCAGUGCAGUCGAGGUCACAGACUCGGAAGAUACUGGAAGGAAUGGGUCAAUAAUCGGGCAGGAACCAGCUGGUCAGCAAGUGGCCUUGGUAGGAGGUUCAUAUCCUGGACUGUCCCCAAUGAUCAUUAUGAACAACUUUGUCCUAAAGCAGCCAUCACCAAUGGCUCCACCAGAGAAACAGCGGGGCUUUCCUUCAUCGAUGGAAGUGAUGCCCCAAUCUCAGGUGGUUCUUCUUCAGCCGUUGGUAUCAAAUGGCACAAACUGCUCUCCGAAACCUGGCUCUGAUGGUAUGAGACAAUCAAAAAGCUACACUCCUAUCCUCAAGUCAUACCCCAGAAUUGCCCCCUACCCAGUGGACUCGCCCUUUAAGAAAGUGGAAACAUCAAGGCUGAUUGCAAGCGGAACCACGGGAUAUGAGCAGCGACAGAGGAGAUUCCAUGACCCCCCGAGGCCUGACAUCUCCCCCAGCCCACUGUCAGAUCUGCAAAUGCAAACUCAAGCUGUCUGCAACUUUGAAGCAUCAAGCAACAAAUCUCACGCUGAGAGUCAGGAGCAAGAUUCUGACAAAUUUCUGACCGCAGCAACAGAAACCAGCUCAUUAGUCAACUUCACAUAUGAGGAGCUGAGGAGCAUAUCUGAUGAUGGCAGCAUGCCUGCAGAGAAAUAUCAGGAUCCCAUCUCCAUGCACAGCAACAAACUAAAGCGUUUCAGCAAUACCUACAACAUCCUCAACAAGUCUGGCCUGCUAGGGAUUACGCUGCGCACAAAGCAACUGAUCAAAGAAAACAAGCGCACGCAGGGCCAGCUGCACCUGCUGCAGGAGCAAACAGCUCUGCUGCUCGAAGCGCUGAGCAGCGGGGAUCCGCAGCUCUGGACUAAUCUCCUGACGUCUUUGCAAGACACAGAAAAGGAGCAGUCUGGGGUUAAAAUUUAAAGUGUCCUACCGUAACUUGUUUGUGGACAUAACCAGCAGUUCUGAAUCUGGUUUCAGGAGGAUUAAUAAAGAGGUCAUCAGAUGCUGAAUGUGUCGCAUUGUUGUGACAAACAGCUCAACUUUUACCAUUUUAUCAGGGAGCUGUAGGUGGACAGUGCCUUGCAGAAGUUCACACACUCCUUGAAACUUUUUUUUUAAAUACAUUUUGUCUCUUUACAACAACAAACAUCAACUUGUUAUUGGAAUUUUAUCUUCUAGACCAGGAGUCUGCAGCCUGUGGUUCCAGAGCCCUAACUGGUUCUUCUACAACGGCUCUAAACAACUAUUUUUAAAAAAAAGAUAUAACUGUUUUCCUUCAAUAAUUUAAUUUAAUUUCCACAACAGGAUGAUACUAAAAGUACCAGUCAUUUUUAUUUAGAUCUAUUUUAUGUUGUGCAAAUAUCACAACAUCAAGAAUACAAAAAUGUAGCCAUCACCUUUUUGAAAAGAUUCAUGUUUUUCUUUAUAUUAAAACCUAAAAAUAGAUUAGGAAUAAAAUGAUUGCUCUUUACAAAUUUACUGUUGUAAAUAUUUAUUUAAAAAAUAUCUCUUUAUUCAUUAACCUGUAUGAGUAAAUCUUUGAACUAGCUUUUGCUGCAAUUACAGCUUUGGGGAAUGUUUGAAACAGCUUUGCCUGAAAUGUUUCCCCAUUCCUCUUUGAAAGCAGCUCAGGCUCAGUUAAAUUAGGAAAACACCUGUGAACAUUAGGUGUAAGAUCUUUGCACAGAUUCUCAUUUGCAUUUAGAACUGAACAUCGCCACAUUAUGAUGUUGCUCUGACCACUGCGACUUUGUUCACAACAAUAAAUAUACUUUAGCAGUCUUAUUUUAUCCCUUUUAAUCCUGACCUGCCACUGGGUUUUACUUGUGGAUGUAAAGCUAAAAGGUUUGAAUUCAUAUGCACAUGACGCGUAUCUUAGAAUUGUCUAUUGUUGUUGCCAUCUAGUUAUUUGCCACAAAUGACAAAAUGUUAGAAAGUUGAGGGGAAAUGAAUACUUGUGCUGAGCACAAUGUAGAAACCAGGGAUCCUGAAACAUUUAGCACUGCUGGUUUGACAUGAAUAUGAAGCACAACCUCUGUAAUCAACAGGAGUUUGGAAGCAUGCUUACAUUUCAAACCCUUGCCUUUAACAAAAUAUCUGCCUCUGAUGAUGAGAAAUGGUAUUUGCAGCGGGGAUUUUUGGCUGUCGGUGCCAAAUGCCUAAAAAAACGCAUGCCUUAUAGCAGAUUAGCCAGACGGAUGUCUGAUGUCUGUCAUACAUCUCUAACAAACAGGUCAACAUGCUUUUUUGUUUUUACUAUAACCUUUGAAUUCUUGUUAAAUGCAUGAGCAAAUGCCUUAUGUAUUAAAGUGUGAAUAAUUGGUGAACUGUUGAAUUACACUGGGAGAAAAGAGCUGGGUGAACUGGAUCACUACAAGCUAAAAAGACAGCACAUCAAGUGCUGAAACCAGCUAAAUGUGAUUGUUUUUGGAUAAAUGUGUACAUUUUCUAAAAGCGCGUGGCUUCGUCUUGAAGCCACACGCUUCAAAACGAGGACAGGCAAACAGAUUGUGACUUAUCUAGAUCAGAUUGGAACUUUUCACCUCUUCACCCUGUCUGAAACAAUCUGCAGAGUAUUGCAUUGCAUUGGUGGAUGCGGUAACAGACAGAGGUCACUAAUGUUUUUCAUCAAGGUUUCUGCGUCAAUGCAGUCAUUUCAGGGAUUAUCUGGUUGUUUUAUUUUUCUUUUUGUCCCUGAUAACAGCAAGUCGGUAAAAUGCCUUGUAUGUGGUGCAAGCCUCAGUAACUUCAUUUGCGGGAAAAUGACAUGUAACAUGUAAUCAGUAUUACAUGGGCUACAAUAGUAUUGAUUGUGUCCUGCUUAACUUGCUCAGAAAUAACUUGAGGUACACAGCUGUAUCUGUCUGUUUUACUUGACAGCGACAGAUACUUUGUCCAAGAAAUAGCUUAAGUAGGAAAGCCUCAAAUGGAGUCAUUAUGACUCCAGUUAGUCAUAUAUUUUAGUUAUUCAAAUGACUAAAAGUUGAACAACUUGUAAUAAUGUUUUUCAAGCUUUUAAAUAGACUGUGAUUAAAAGUAAAAAAAAAAAAAGGUACAUAAAACCCACGUUUGAAUGGCAGAUUUAAAAUCUGACAAGGUUUUAAAGUGGUAGAAAAUUCUCAGAAACUUUUAAUGAACAUCGCCACAUCCUGAAUUUAAUGUGAAUUUAAGCGAUAACCUAAUUUAAAAACAUGACAGUUUUCUGUCACAUCAUAUCCAAAUACUAGCAAAAACAUUUGGUUUUACUAUUAACAGAUAACAAAUCUAAUAAAUUUUACAUUUGCAAAGUUUUACAUUUUCAAGCAAAAAUAUCUCAUCAGGUUUCUGUCCAGGUUGUAGAAAUGAUCUGUGCAUGUGAUGGAGGAAUGCAAAAUGCAUGUAGAGGAUGUGGUCGUUAUACCCUUUAAUAAGCAGAAUGUGUGACUGGAAAAGCUUUGAUAUGCGUAGAUCUACUUGUAUGAAAUCUGUUUUUAUUAUUAUUGUCCAAGCUACAUCUGGAAUCUAUGAGCAGCACCAACGUUAAAUAUAUAAAAUUGCUCGUUUCUUUUCAUUUUCCUGCAGGGAAAAUUUCCAACUUUUAAAAAUUCCUGGAAUUUUGUUACUUUAAACACAUAACAAUUUGACAAUUUUAACAAUUUUUUUAUCUUUAAAUAUUGAAGGUUGAGUAUAGUUAGGGAUUCUAAUGGUGAUUGGUUACCAAGAGAUUUUCCCUCAGCAGCUCAUUGAAAACCAAAAUUAAAGUUUCUUUAUUCUUGGAAACUUCUGUAAGUUUGAAAAUGGUGACACUGAUCACCUAUGUUACACAAACUAUUCAGUUACUAAUAAUUUUAAUUCGUGACUGCAUUUAUUUUUCUGAUGCUAAAAUGGUUCAUCAAGUUUCAUCUUUAUUAAGCAUUAGAUAACUUCAUCGGGUUAUUUCCGCCACUAUUUUGGUUCUUUUCCCAUUAUGGUUUAUUUACCAAGAAAAUAUCACUGGAUGUUAGUAAAAGGGUUUUUUUUCUCUUGUUUUAAAUGUAAUAUUUACUGUUUGUAUUAUUUAUUCCUCAUAACUGUGUGACCAAAAAUUUUAACGAAGAGGUGUGAAUAAUAUUAAGAAGUGACAUGGAGAUGUUUGCCUGUUUCAUGGUGAAAUUUACUCCUUUAUCUUUUUUCUUCUUUUUUAAAUAACACUGUUGAUACAGAACAGAAAUGUAGCAAUGAGAGUGCUGUAGCCAUAUGAUUGUUUAGAUUCUAGAUCUUUUGUUGCCAUCUCUAUUCUUUAUGUAAAUGUUUGCUUUAUAAAUCUCGGUAUAAAAGGUUUUCUGGCAAAAACAUGACAGCUUUUAGACUUGCACUUUGCUCCCAGAUUUUUUCGCUUGAGCAUUGUCUAUCGAAGAAAUAAUGUGAAUCUAAAUAUUUAUCUUAAUGCCUGUGCCUUUUUAAGUCUAUUCAUGUUUGUGCUUCAUAUUUCUGAUUACAUUUUCAGCUUAGUUUUGUAAAUCUUUUUAUCGUGGAGGAAAGUUGAAUGUACUCAAAGGACUCCAAAGAUUAUAUUUUUUUGCUAAUUUGGUUGAUCUACUGAGAUGUUACUUUCUGAGUUGCUUUAUAUUGUAAAAACCUUCAUAUUUGAAAUUCUUAGUUGUAAUUCUGUUUAAAUCUUUAAGUAAUCAUUGGUUUUGGCAAGAUAUUGAUCACAUUUAAAGUUAAGAGGAUGGGCAUUUCUUUUUUUUAACUCUGCUGUUUGGUUUUGUGACUUGUGCAUUCUGUCUUUUCUUUGUCAAGUCUUAAACUGUUUGAGAUAAUUUCCUCUUGUUAUUUUUCUAACUAAGGAUCUGUCAUUAGUAAAAGUUAAAA